AUGUCGUUCGUGGAUCUUCUUCAGCGGAUGCUUGAUAAUCCCAAUAUUCCUUGGAAAACGGUGAUCACCGCGUUCACUUUGGGCCAAUUUGGGUUCGAAACGUACUUAAACUAUCGUCAAUAUCGCACACUCGGUAACGCGACACUUCCCAAGCAACUAGAGAAUGAGAUCGACGCGGAAACUUUGCGCAAGUCCGACGAGUAUUCGCGCUCCAAAAUGAAGUUUAGCAUGUUUUCCAGCGCGUUCAGUUUAUUGGAAAAUUUGGCAGUGAUCAAGUACAACUUGUUCCCGCGUGUGUGGCACCUGGGUGUCGCGCUGGCUCGCAGAUUGCCCAUCAAGUUUCUGGCAACGUCGACCAUCGGCCAAAGUCUGUUGUUUUUCACGGUGCUGUCGAACUUGUCGGCCAUUUUACAACUGCCGUCUUCCUACUACCAGCAUUUCGUGCUGGAGGAGAAGUACGGCUUUAACAAGCUGACCGUGGGUCUGUGGAUCUCCGACAAGAUCAAGGGCUCUCUGCUGAGCGUGGCAUUAGGGAUGCCAUUGAUGUACGCGUUUUUGAAAAUCUUCGACGCCUUCCAGGGCAACUUUUUGGCCUAUAUUUGCGGAUUUGUGCUAGUGGUGCAGAUCUUGGCCAUGACCUUGAUACCCGUGUUCAUCAUGCCGCUAUUCAACAAGUUCACGCCCUUGGAGGACGGUGAUUUGAAAGAGUCGAUCGAAGCCCUCGCACGCCGCGUCCAGUUCCCUCUUGACAAGAUCUUUGUUGUGGACGGGUCUAAACGCUCGUCUCACUCCAACGCCUACUUCACGGGACUGCCCUUCACCAGCAAGCGUAUUGUGCUGUACGACACGCUUGUGAGGGACUCGUCUGUGGACGAAAUCACCGCCGUUUUGGCUCACGAAAUUGGUCACUGGCAGAAAAACCACAUUUUGCGGAUGCUGGCCUUCAGCGAGGUCCACAUCGCAUUCAUGUUUUCGCUAUUCUCCGCCGCAUACCAGAACAGGUCUCUGUACGCGGCGUUUGGCUUCUUUUUGGGCCCCGGUGCCUCUCCCAGCUCCAGCAUUGUUAUUACUCCUCAAUUGCCCGUGUUGAUCGGGUUCAUGCUGUUUAACGACCUACUGCAACCGCUCGAUUGCGUUAUGAACUUUGGAAUCAAUUUGCUCUCCAGACUGCACGAAUACCAGGCUGACGCCUACGCCAAGAAUUUGGGCUACCAGAAGGAUCUCUGUCGCGCUCUGAUCAACCUGCAAGUCAAGAAUCUGUCGACCAUGAACGUGGACUCGAUGUAUUCGAGCUACCAUUACUCACAUCCUACUCUACCUGAGAGAUUGGAGGCUUUGGACCACGUCAGCGAACGCAAAUCCGAGUAA